AUGGCAUAUAAUCGAAAAAACUCUACGGUGUCUUUUCGAGUUCCAAGACCAACCACCCAUUUAGAUGUAGAGGAAAUAAGCUCAACCCAUGUGGAUCCUAAUUCUAGGACCCGUCAUGUACGUUGGAGUGAUGUAAUGGAUGGUGGUAUGAUAACUGCACUAUUGCAUCAGUUGUUGACUGGUCACAAAAGGAGUGACAAUGACUUUUCAUCAUAUCACGUGUCUAAAGCAAUUGAGAGCGUGUAUAAUGAAUGUGGAGUUAUGGGAAAACCACAAUUCGGAAAGUGGAGGACCAAACUUUGUCCUGGUCAUGAUGAUUUAGAGGCUAUCUUUGGAAAUGAUUCUGCUACAGGAGAUUGCGCUGUAACCAGCAACAACAAUUUCUCCCCCAUUCAUGAUGAAAAUGUGAAUGAAGUUGACGAUCAAAACGAGGAUAUGGAUAGAAGCCCAAUCCGCUCUCCGAAGCGUAACACAGAAUGA